CCACAGUCGGGGUUGUGCAGCUGAGCGCGGUCGAUUACUCGGUGUGUUCUACCUCCUGAUGCGUUUAGUUUAUUCCGUACAUUUUCACAUUUCCCGAGAAAGAUUCUUCAAAGAGUGAAUCCAGCUGGAAUGAAUUUAUCGAUAUCUUCGAAUGACACUAAAAUACCUGUCCCGGCUGGGUUCAGCACCUCCCACAUUGUUGGCAUUUUUAUCCUCGUCUCUGCCUUUGUGCUGGGCUUUCCUGGCAACUUGUUUGUGGCAUGGACUAUCAUUUUCCGCAUCUCUCAACGAUCCAUCACCUGUCUCCUGGUCCUGAACCUUGCUUUAGCUGAUGCCUUUGUACUUCUCACUGCUCCACUUUUCCUACGAUAUUUAGCAGGUGGCCAAGGCUGGGAAUUUGGAAAUACUGUAUGCAAAAUCACACAUUAUGUGUGUUGUGUCAAUAUGUAUGCCUCUAUCUUUCUCAUUUGCGUUAUGAGCCUAGAUCGCUACGUGGCAGUGGUCUGGCCUUUUGCAUCACACCAUUUUAGGACAAGGAAAUCCCUGGUGAAGAUACUACUUAUAUUGUGGGCACUGGCAUUUCUUUUUUCCAUUCCAAUGCCGUUUUACCGCAGUGAAUUGACAUUGCCAACCAUUAAAGUGAAACUGUGCCAUUUCAGCCACAAUAAUGAGAGGCAUGAAGUGUUUCAGUAUUUGAUGGAAUCCCUCACUGGUUUUAUAAUUCCUUUCAGUGUAAUUAUUUUCUGCUACAUCAAUGUGUUCAUUAGACUGCGGAGAGCCAUGUUUCAGAACAAAAACCAAAGCAGUCGCAUCAUUCUGCUCAUCAUAGCAGCCUUUGUGGUGUUUUGGAUGCCCUACCACAUUGUCAAUAUAAUCCAGGUUGCUGGAAGGCUGAACCAAGGUCAAAUGAAGGAACAACUUCUUCAGGCAGCACGCACUGCUCGGCCGAAUGUGACGGCAUUUGCCUUCUUUAGCAGCAGUGUCAAUCCAAUGCUUUAUGUGUUCGCUGGAAGCUCCUAUAUCCGGAGUGCAGGUCUCAACUUCAUGACCAAAUUAUUUGAAGGCACAUACUCAGAAGGUACUGGAUCCAAGCGUUUCUCCAGGUCUACCCGGUCUACCCGCAGUGGCUCAACUGAUGUUUCUUUCAGCAGAAAGCUUUCUGUGUUCCCAGUCAAGUUUGGAAAGCCAGAUGAAUAUCAAGAUAACAUCAGUACAAAAGAUGAUGGUGUGCCAAAUGUGAAGGCCGUUGAACUGAAGACGCUCUGCACCUACGACAGUAAAGAUAUUGAAGGGAGUACUCGUUUUGAUGGUGACUGUUUUUAGAACAUCAUGGGAAUUUAAGCAAAUUUUGAAGAUCUUGGCUAAAGAAGAGGCCAACUGGAUGUGUAUAAGGAAAGACAGAGCAAAUAAGUUUAAUUUAUCAAAUUUCGCUUGUGAAUUAGCAAACGACAAAGCACUGGAACAAAAGUAGCAAAUAUUUAAAUAAUGAAUUGUAUUUAAAAAUUCUGGCUGUUAUUACUUGUAUAUGUUUCUUUUUUUUUUUACAAUUUUUUUGUUGUUUUGGCUGUGCCAUAUGAAAACAAACCUGAUUAUGCAACUUAGGUAAUUAGCUGCUGGAAAGUACUGGAGAAUUCUCUCAUCACAGUCUCUUAUCACAAUAAUAUCCAAAGAGGCCAUCAUAUGCAAAAUAAGAAAGUUAAAACAACAGGAAACAGAAAGCAAACCCAGGUCCACCAGAAUGGCUACCAGUCUCUAAGAGAUGGCAUGGCUCCUCCAUUUACAAGCUUUAUUUGACCAUAUCUUUUUCUCUGCCUUCUUCUUAAUCCUCACUUAUUUUCUCCUCCGUGCUAUAUAUCAGACUGGUUUAUCCCAUCUCCUGAGUUUUCUUAUGACGUCAGAGGCGACAUCAUUCUUAAUUCAAAGACAUUGUGGUUGAGCUCCUUCCAGCAGGCUCUGGAGUCCCAUCCAUUGUACUUAAAGGGCCAGAUCUUGAGGGCAGAUCUCUUUACUCUGGACGGCAUGGUCUCAUAAUUCUCCUUACCGGACUGUGUGUACAUGUAAUGGUCUGGGGGAGGAUUAUAUACUUCCACCCAAAGUUGCACUUCUAUCACCUAUGGCUCUUCUGGGUUAAGUAGUAUGUCCACAAUUUACAUUGUCUCCUGGGGGUUGUCAUUUCUUUUUGCUUCAGGGCAUCAUACGUUGUUCCAGCCAGUGUACAUAUCCUUCCUUAUAUCUGACUGUCGCAGAACUGCAUCCCUGUAAGACAUCAGCUUUGGAGCCUUCAAUUCCCUGGUCACAACACCUCUUCAGAAUUAUUAGAAAAUGAGACAAUGUAUUAAUACUUGUGGGGUCAAAACUCAGACAUGAUGCACAAGUAGUGGCCAUUUCAGAGAUACUCGCUACUAGCUGCUGACCCAGAGGUUCCUAUCUUCUAAUAUCUGAUAAGUAAGGAUGACUUUUUAACAGCGUAUAAUGAGGGGAAAUGGGAGCAAACAAGGGAAAGGCUACAAAUAACCAGAGAACCUCACUUUUAAUACAUUUACAUGUUUUAUUUACAGCUGUUAAAAACAACAAUGAUUUGUAGGUAACAAAAUUGUGAGUAUUUAAUACAAAAAAGCUAAAUGCAGACAGUGUGAGGAAAGGCAACAGACAUUUAAACAAUAAGAAAAAAAUAUUUACAAUAUUACACUAUUUACAGUGAAAACCAUAUACUCUGUUAUCAAAAUGUCCUCUCCCAAAUAUUGUGCUACAGCUGGCAGUAUUUUGAUUGUAUUAUAAUAUUCAGAUUGCUGUUGAUGCCUGCAAUGUGAAGUCGCUAGAAGACUAUGUACAGUAUAUUAUGAAUAUGUUUUAUAAUUUUGUUUUUUAAUAAACAUUUUAGCACCCUUUUAA